UAAAAGUAGUAAAGCAAGAAGAGUACUAUUUUUGGCCAAUCACAGGAGACCUUUUUAAAUUCAUUCUAGCGUCGUCGUUCGUUGGCGCUUGGCUUCUCUUUCUGAGGUUUUGUGUUCAUUCAUCGUGUUUCUGUUUAUGUUGCGUACUUUCGUGGCGCUUUACAAUUUUUGUAAGAUUUGUUUGGAAUUCAACGUAGUGUGUGUAUAAACAUAAAUAAAUCUCAAGGAUUACAAGGAGUCGUGUAUAGAUGAAUACUAUAUUGUGACAAAAUGUCUACUAGAAGCGGUCGAAUUAGAGCUAGCGUUUUAGAAGUGAGUCCUCCCAGGACACGUAAAGGUGUAUCGCCAACGCGUUCUCCCGCCAGAACGCGGAAAAGUUCGCCGCCGCCGUCCGGGAAAACACCGCCUCCUGCACGCUCGCGUUCAUCUGGUCGCAAAUCUCCAGCACGGAAAUCGCCAAGCAGAAAACCAGCAUCAAAAUUUCCAGCGCGCAAGUCACCUUCAAGAACUACUAAGGAGACAACAGAAGUUGAGGUAUCCAGUGUACCCAAGUCUCCGGCAAAACGACCUCCUAUAGACCUUGGUGUUUCGAUCAAACUAGAAGAUUUAUCCUCUAAACUUGAUUCCUAUCGCCGUUCUACCAGGUCGAAGCGAUUGGAAUAUUCCGUGAAAGAUCUGACAUCCAGUAUUACAGAGAAUGAGUAUUCCCUUGACAAGGCGAAUGGUUUGGAUUCUGGUGACAUCUACAGCUUGAGAAACAGGCGGCCGGUCGAGGAGGUCGCGCCACGCAGGUCUAGUAGGUUGCGGGAAUUCAUUGACAAUGUCCCUGACAUCAGACGGAGUCUUAGCAAAUCUUUAAGUCAGAGUAAAUCCAUAAGCAAAUCUGCCAGUAAAUCUCUAGACACAUACUCGGAUGAGGACAAUUCUGAGGAUGAGUACCUCAAAGAGAGGGAGAAGUCAAAGUCCGUGACAAGGAGGUUGGCCACUCCACUCCGGAACAGCAUCAACAGCUUGACCCAUACAGCAAGCAAGUGGGAAUUUGGUGGUAGAAUUGGGUCUCUAUGUUUAAUUCUACUGAUACCUGCAACAGUAUUUUCUAUUUUAAUAUCUUGUAGAAAGUCUUGCUCGCCAUUAUCAUUAUUAGAUCUGUCUGCAUAUAAAUCUGUGCAAGUUUUGUUUAGUUUACACUCAUUGUACUUUUUUGUUGUGCAAUGUGCUAUCCAAGCAAUUUUUGCAAUUGUACCAGUAUUUGGUAUAAGUUCAGACCGCAUGGAUGAGUCUGGUACGAGACAAUGUUUUAAUGCAUUUUUCUCCAGCUUGGUGACAACAAGUAGCCUUUUCCUUCUGGAUUACUUCCAUAUUAUUAACAAAGCGACCUUAUUGAAUGAAUAUUUGAAGCUUGCUGUACUUUCAUACAUUUUUGCUGUUGUACUGAGCAUUGUGUUGUAUGUGAAGAGUGGCAAACUUGCAAAGGACAAGUUGAAUCAGUAUGGAAACACUGGAUAUACAUUGUAUGACUUUUUCAUGGGAAGGGAAAUUCAUCCGUUCAUCAAGAAGCUGGAUAUUAAGAUAUGGAUUUCAAGAAUUUCAAACAUUACUUCUCUCAUUUUACUGUCGCUAAUCUUUACUAAAGGACUUUUAAUAAAACUGCCUCAGAAAGGAGAGGUCUCACUGGAAAACUGGAGACAGUUUGUGGACAGCGUGGAGUUGAAGCCGACAAUACUUGUGUUUGCUAUAAUGCAGAAUGUAUACAUUUUGAACUUUAUUAUGAAGGAGCACAAGAUCACGACGACGUUUUACUGGCACUCAGAAGGGGUAGGGUACCUUCAGGCAGUGGCAAGUGCGCUGUACCCAUACUACUUCACAACAAUAUCUAAACAUGUGGCAGACACAGACUUAGUGCUGUCUACUAACACCUUAAUCUCUGCUUCUCUACUAUAUGUGCUGGGAUUCUUUAUAAUGCUUUCUAGUAACAAUAUUAAACACGAAUUCAGGAAAAAUCCUCUACAUCUGAGCUUGGCAAACGUAGACUCCAUGCCGACGUUCCAUGGAAAGAAGCUACUGGUCUCCAAUUUAUGGGGAAUCCUGCGUCAUCCGAACUAUACAGGUGACAUAUUGAUUCAUAGCGCUCUAGCACUGCCUGGGAUCAUCUCUGGACAGUAUGUAGCGGCAGUUCCGGCGAUCUUGACAAUCCUAGUGCUGAUGCACCGUGCGUGGCGGGACCACGAACGAUGCAAGAGGCGCUACGGAGCAGCCUGGCAGAGAUACUGCAAGAGAGUACCAUCUGUACUCUUACCUAAAAUUCUUUAAUUUCUUUCCUGACUUCCAUCAACUUACUGUUGUGCAUAAACCUCUUUCAGAAAAAAUCUAUAUUAAUGUUGCUGCUUGACUUAAUAACUGAAUAUCUUAGAAAUCUCUAAGUACAAUGAACUCGAAUGUCAGAUCUUAUAAAUUAAGAGUACAUUACCGCUGAGUAAUGUAGAUUUAAUUAUAUUAUAUUAAAUGUAUUUUAGAAUAUUAUGUCAGAGAUUUUAAUUUAUGUACAUAAUUAUUAUAUGUAUACUACUUCAAAUGUAUUUGUAGCAAUAAUAAUGCAUCACAGAUAAUGCAAUGAACAAUAUUUUCGAGAUCUCUGUGUGAAGAUGUUUUUAUUGAGGUUUUAUUAUAGAUGUAUUGUCUACUAACAUUAGUUUAGUGUUUGUGUAAGAUUUGGUACUGCCUUACGAAACCACCGGACAAAAUUCGAAAUUUUAUAAUAUUAGCUCUCUUUAUAAAUUAGGUAAUUGAUUUUUUUACAAAUUGACUUAUAAAAUCGUAUUUUGGUAAUCUAGUUUUCGUGUAAUUAGGACUCGUGUGUUCAAGUUUCAUUAUUAGAAAGAAAGUACAUUUGGAAUUUAGCUAAUUAUAGAAAAUAUUUCUAUCUUCUAAGACUAAUGAUCUGUUUGAUGUUUCUCCUUACUUACUACACAUGUUAGUGCAUGUGUUCUUAUUAAUAGCUGGUUGCCAGAGUUGUUGCAUGUUGAUAAUAUUAAGACAAGUUACAUGUUUAAUAUAUUAUUAUUACGCUCUUUUUAAGACAACCUUAAAAUACAUAAUUAGUACAAAAUUAUCUAAAUUACUAAAUUCAAAAUUGACGAGGACCAAUAAAAUUAGGCGAAUAAUUGUAAGACUCAUUAUGGACGUAGUUUAUAUUUUAGAAAUUAGUUGUUAAAUGUAACAAUAUUAUUUACAUGAUGAAAUUACUGAUUGGAAAUUUGUUAGGGCUCAAUUUUAUUAGUAACAAUUUGACAUACGAAAAAUGAAAUGUAUUUUUUUAAGAAUUUUUGGUAGAUUAAGUAGAUUGGAAGUUUUGGUCAUUGUUCAUAAUAGUUUUUCUGUAUUAGAAUUAUAAUUGUCCUCAAAGUAGUAAUGUUUCGGACAUUCAUAUUGUUGUAAUUUGUCGAUUGCUCAAAGGAAUAGCACAAAUUAAAUAUUUGGCUUACAUUUAAUGUCUAAAUACUUAAAGUAUGCCGCCUUCUUGGAACAAUGAUGAAAUCUAGUUUUGUAAUCUUGCUAUGCAGCAACUUUUGCCAUAUUAGAAAGAAAUAAUGUUUUGUUCGAAAAUGUUCUUGCAUUUAAUUUUAAUCUUAAUUUUUCUUCUGGCGUGUUUUUGUCUUUCAUUUUUAAUUAUGCUUUUGUCAUAAUUUGAAUAAAGAUUUUGUACAAAGUGUAAAA